CGGACAUCUUGCUCGAUGUAAACUUUCCAUAAGACAUGAUAAAACCGUCAGUCUUCCGUGAUAUUUCGUCGAUGGUCGAGUAGAUGGGUCGUUGAUGUAAGCGAAGCAAGUCGCUGGUUAUUCGCAGCAGAGUGUAGUGGGACGGUUAUUGCUGCACAUAUACGAGCAACUGCAAAUGGUGAUGCUGUAGCGUAUCUUUUAGAAGAAAAGACUUGUCAGCUACGUCGUAUUCCCGAUAUCGCUUCCUCUGUUGAACGUACUUUUUUUUUCAACCUUGUGUGCCACGAUGUCUCUCAGUCACAACACCGUGCUAAAACUAUAUAAUACUGUGAUAGAAGAUGUAAUAUCUGGAGUACGAGAAUCUUUCAUAGACGAGGGUGUAGAUGAACAAGUUCUGCAAGAGUUGAAACAGAUAUGGGAAACAAAAUUACUAUCUUGUAAAGCUGUGGAGAUGAAUCCAGAUCCACCAGAAUCACAAAUUCCUCAACUCAAUCCGCUCAAAGCUAUAAGUAUCAAUAAAGCUUCUGUAGGAAAUCAUUAUAUACAAACCGGGAAUUCAGUAUCGACGCAACCCCAGCAACAACCACAAUCAAAACCACAAGUGCAGCAGCCGCAACAACAACAGUCUCAGCAGCAGCAGCAGCAGCAGCAGCAGCAGGUGCAACAACAGCAACCACAACAGCAGCAAGCGCAACAGCAGCAGCAACGACCUACGCAACCUCAACAGCACACACAUUCUACAGCAGGGACAACAACAUUGCAACAACAUUCGUCAGCGCCAGUGCAACAAGUGGUCACUACUCCUGCCGCUGUACUCGACCGACAAGUGCCCAUCCAGAUCACCUUGCCGCCCCAAACUGGCGUUCCAGACGCUCCGCAACGGAUUUUAACUAUACAAGUUCCUGCAUCCGCGAUUCAAGAGAAUCAGCUGCACACGAUUUUAACAGGUCCUGUAAUUUCCGCCGCUAUGGGUCUUCCAGCGAACUUGGCUUCGACCUUGCUACAGCAACAUGUAAAUGCUACACUACAGGGGCAAUCUACGUUAGCGCCAUUACAAGUGAAUCAACCUAUUCAAGUGGUCACACAAAGUACAAACAAUAUUGUUACACAGAGGCCAGUACAGAGUCAGCAAAAUAACAUAGCUCAAUUAGACGGAGCGGCGGGCGACUCCUCCGAUGAUGAUGACGAAGAAGAAGAGGAAGACAACGAUGAUGACGAUGAAGAUCUUGAUGAUAAAGAGGAAGAGGAGAACGAUGAUGCGGCAGCUCGUGAAGAGGAUCCCCUAAAUUCCGAAGAUGAUGUUACCGACGACGAUCCAGCGGAUCUUUUUGAUACCGAUAAUGUAGUCGUAUGUCAGUACGAUAAGAUCACAAGGAGUAGAAACAAAUGGAAAUUUUAUCUGAAAGACGGUAUAAUGAAUCUAAGUGGGAAAGAUUAUGUGUUUCAAAAAGCGAACGGAGACGCUGAAUGGUAAUUCUAAGAUGUGAUGUGAAUACCACAGUAAACUCGACUCAAGGAUGCUAAGCAACUUGAUUAUGUGUUCAUAUGAAACCGCAUUUCCUGGUUAAUAUGGGAUGUGCCGCUAAUAAUUCUACGAUGAUUAUAUGACAUUACAUUCGAAAUGAUAAUACAGGGGAACAACGGCAAAAAAUUAUUAUUAUAGUUAUUAUAAAUAUCACAUUUAUGCAUCUUUUGUUAUCCUAAUCCCCUCUAUGGACAACAUGACACUCUUUUUCGGAAACAUCGGAUAUAUACUGAUUUCAUGAAUUCCAUUUCUUGAAACUAAGUCGAUUGUAGAGAUAAGAGAAAUCUUCAUUCACUUGUAUCUUUAUGUUCUCAAAGAUAAAUCGCGUUAUCGAAGUCUUUGAUUGAUACUUCCGUUAGUCUUUUCAAUAUUUUUGUUAAACUUCUUGCUAAAAUGAAUUCAGCAACAAGUUUAAGAAAAGCGAUAUAUCGUACAAAUUAGCUUCAAUCUUGUUGCGACAAAAUAAUAUUAUAUUGCGUAAACUAUUUAAUAAGUUGUUAUACAGUUAAAUGGACCAUAGAGGGUUGGUACUUUCUCUUUUGUGCAUAUGCGAAUUACACAUACGCUGUCCAAGUUAUACACAAGAGUCUCCCACUGUUAUAUAAGUUAUACAUUCGUCGUAUAUUAAUGUAACACGUUCGUGGACGCCGAGAUUCCUUCUACAAGACAGCCACGGCGAAUGUAAGCUUCCCCCGGCAGAACUUUAGUGAAAAGGAAGUGCGUGAUGUGUUUACCGAAACACCCAUAUCGAUUAGCUCUGGUUGUGUCGAGAACCGCUGAUAAUGAACAUCACUGAUAAUGAUGUCAAAGAUUAUACCCUGUAUACAUAUAUAUAUUAUAUAUAUAUAUAUAUAUAUAUUUUGAAAUCCUCGAUUACGGACUUUUUCACAUGAAGUGUAAAUAGUUUUAAGGGACUGCAAACUACGGCACAUAUGUGAUGCUUCGGAAAGAAAAACGUGUCUUAUAUUGUUGCAAACAUAAUAAACUCGUUUGCCAUCGAAAGACGAAAGAUGAUGGUUUGGAAUUUAGAAAAUUAAUAUGAUGUUCUACUCAGGAUUGAUUCGUUCAAGAAGCGAUAAAAAAAAGAAAUCAAUUGUUACGAAUGUCUGACUUGAAAUGUAUUUUAUUUGUCUGUAAAUAGUAAUUGUUUUAAGCACUUAAAAAGCCAUCAUUCCAAAUUUAAUUUCCAAUUCUUCAUCUGGAAUAUCGAUAAGAAUAUAUAUAAUUAUGUUCGCGAAAUUAACACACCUGAGCUCAUUAUAAUAUCAGAUUUACUUGAACAUCAAAUCAGAUUAAUCCAAACCACUUCAGUUAUAUACGCUGUAAAAUUCAUCAGUUAGCAAAUUUUAUAUUAUAUGCGCCGUAAAACGUUUAAAUAGAGUCUAUACUGUGUAUGUUUACAAAGAUUUAUCUAUAAUUUAUAGAGAAGAUGCAACCUGUAAAAUCUUCUUGUUUUCUUGCAUCGUUAAAAUUAAUUAAUAUUUAAGUUAUAGGAUCAUUCUUUAAUUGAAGAACGACGAUAUAAAAAACUCUGUUAAAAGGGCUUAUAAUUAUAUUACAAUCAUGAAUACCAUAAAAUAUAACAGUUAUGUCAUUGUACAAGUGUACUUUAAAUGUUGAUACAUUUUGAAAUCUGGAUUAUAUAUUUUAAAUUGUAAGGCAUAUAUAUUUUUUGUUAUUUAUACUGUCGUUUAUACUAUCAAUCAGCCAAUUGUAAGUCUCUAAUUUCUUAAGGUUACCAAAAAGCACUUAUUUUACCAAAAUUGUGUUUUACUAAAAUCGUAUAUUACAUGAAGAUAUGAUGGCAAGUGUUCUUCGCUAAAUAUUAUGUUAUCUGCGUUAUAUCGUUCUUCGUAUGCCUUAUAUCUUGAGUUUAAUUUAUAAAUAAAACCUCUUGGAAUUUGGAAAAUAAUAAACAUUUAAUGAAAACAUUUUUCACGAGCGUGUGUAUGUGUAUUCUUGUAAUCACAUUCAGCACAUUUUAACUGAAAAGCUUUCAGGCAACUGUAAUCUUUGAAACAAACAAAGCGUGUUUAAAUAAAUUUUGCUUUACCUUA